GUUACACACGCGGCUCAAAUAAAGAUGGCGGAUGUUUUAGAUUUGCAAGAAGGAGGAGAUGAAUUUGAGGUUGACGAGGAAGGCGAUCAGGGAUUACAGAAGCUAAAAGAAAAAGCCAAGAAACGGAAAGGAAGAGGAUUUGGUGCAGAUGGCCCAACAAGAAGUGGGGUUGAGGAUUUUGAGGCAAUGGAUGUGGAUGAAGAUGGUGGACCAGGUCCUCAGAGGUCUGUGGAAGGGUGGAUCUUAUUUGUGACUGGUGUCCACGAGGAAGCACAAGAAGAUGAUCUUCAUGACAAAUUUGCUGACUACGGCCAGAUAAAAAAUCUCCAUAUCAACCUUGACAGACGAACAGGAUUCCUUAAGGGUUAUGCUCUGAUAGAAUAUGAAACAUUCAAAGAGGCCCAGGGGGCUAUGGAUACACUUAAUGGGUCGGACCUCCUGGGUCAGAAAAUCAAUGUGGAUUGGUGUUUUGUGAGAGGGCCACGCAAGAGCAAAAGUCGCAGAGACAACCGGAGGAGGCGGUGAUGGUGAUCUUUUCCAGGACUUGUGUAAUAGUUUCGUAACUUUUAAAUUGUGUGUUAACAAUGUGUAUAAGAUGAGACAGUACCUUUGCACAUUGCUAUCAGACACUGAACAAUCACGCCUCAGUGACUCUGGAGAGGUUGAUAAACAGUUCACGGAUCGGAAAAGGCACGGCAGCAGAUAUGUGGUGUCUAUAUGUCAUACAACCCGGUAAAAGGACUGUUCAGAAACCCAGCCCUGAGGAGGGGAUCAGUUCAACAUGACUCAUCAGGGCAGUGAUUGUCUAUACUGUUUGUGUGUUAACUUGGGAUAGAUUUUAGCAUAGCAUUACUGGUAUAAGGGGUGAUAAAAGGACAAGACGUCUAAGGGAAAUCCACCCUUUCCUUAUGUUUGUAUGACGAAUGAAGUUCACAUUUUUUUGGGGAUUAUAUUUAUCUACCAGUAUAUGUUCCGAUGUUUACUGUGUAGUGUUAAAUAAUGUAGCUUCGAAAUUCAUAAACAUGGAAUUUGAAUAUUGUGCAAGCCAUAAACAGUUAUUAGUCCCAUGUAUCUCUCAGACAGAAGGUUAACAAACUCUUUAGUUUACCGAUAUACACAUUUUUUCAGGCGUAGAGAAAAAAGAUAGAAUCUAUGCAGAAUAUAAAGACAAUAUCAUAUUUAAUUGGUUUCAUCAAAUUUCUGGUGCUGAAGUUAGAAAUUAAGCUUUUGAGGUAUUAAAAUUGGCAGAAAAUAUUUAUUUUGGUUGUCGGAUCAAAAAUAUGGACAAUGUGAAGUAUAAAAUUCUGCUUUCUUGGUCCUGUUUGGAUCAAUUUCAUGUAUAUAUAUUUUUUUCUCAUGGUGCAAGAUUUUUGAUUGAGUAUUUUUAAUUCAGAAAUAGAAGUAAAAAGUUAAGUUUCACUAUGUUAGAUAUGUUCCCUG